CAUAACUCAGGCAUGAUGUAUUUUCAAAGUUCAACUCAUUCUAGUGCCCUCAACAAGUACUUCCUUGAUCCUCUAACUCUCGAUAUUCGAAAUGCAGGUAGAGGAGCAGCCUCGAACGAUCGUCGUCCUAGGAUCUACAGGGCAUCAAGGUAGAGGCGUGGUCGAUUGUCUUCUUCGCGAGCCUGGGUUGGAAACAUGUCUCGUCCGUGCUGUUACGCGGGAUAUCAAAUCCGAUGGGGCUAGACAGUUGCUCCAAGAUUAUCAAACCCCGGAUAAGCGUCUCAGUCUCAUCACAGGCGAUGUUUAUGAUCCCGAAAGCCUUCAGAAUGCUUUUUCGGAGGCAUAUGGCGUGUUUGCAGUUACUAGCGAACAGGCUUCUAAGAGAAUUGACAAGGAAGAGGACAUGAAGCAUGAACUUCAAGCUGGUUUGAAUAUCAUAUCUGCUGCGAAGCUCUGCCGGGUGCAACACUUCGUUUUCAGCAGCUUGCCGAAUAUGAAGCAAGCUACAGGAGGCCGCUUCGAGAAAAUGUUCCACAUGGAUCACAAGUAUAUAAUUGAACAAUGGGCAAAGCGAGACUUAUCUGCCGUCACUUGCCUUCUUCCAGGAUUCUUUCUCACAAACCUUAACCGGUCCCAGUAUUGUCGUCGCCAAAACGGGGUCGUCCGUUUUUGUCCACCGAUUCCCGGGGACAAGUUUGUCCAGUGGCUAGAUCCGGUACACGACAUGGGUGUUUUUGCAGCAAGGGUUUUUGCCCUUGGCAUUUCGAAAACGAAGAAUAAAAACUAUGUUGUCGCAGGGCCCAAAAUUCGCAUGCAAGAUUUUGCAACUAUUUUCACACGCGUCACUGGUCGUCAGGCGAUUUAUUCGCCGACAACUUUGGAUGAGUGGGCUGAUUUGGCAUCGGAAGCAGUCGGGCCUGGAUUUAAGGAAGACAUCCGGCAAAUGAUGGAAUGGGCUUCAAUCAUGCCCGAUGACAAGAUUUGCUACGGUGCCCUUGAUCCGGCGGAAGAUCCUUCUUGGGAAGAUCUUGGUCUUCGUGCCAGCGGCUUUGAAGACUGGCUAAAGCGUACAGGUUGGACUGGACCAUAGAUUAGUUGUCAGGGUUCAUGAGGAGAUCUCUUCGAAUGAGAGGAUUUUGCCUGUGAGCAUUUUCACGUCCGCAGUCUUGCUUGUCAUUUUCCAAGACCUGUCAUCGAGUUGAUAUAAAUGUUAUCACAAAUUGUAAAAUCUGUAACUAACC